ACGCUCAAGGCGCUCCGCACGGACCGCCUCGACCUGUACCUCGUGCACUGGCCCGUGCCCGGCAAGCACGUCGACGCCUACCUCGAGCUCCAGGACGCCGUCAAGGCGGGCAAGAUCACGUCCAUCGGCGUGUCGAACUACGCCGCCGAGGACGUCGACGAGCUCCUGGACCACCCGGGCGUCUACAUCACGCCGGCCGUGAACCAGAUCGAGCUCAACCCCUUCCUCUACCGGCCGAAGACGCUGCAAUACAUGGCCGACAAGGGCAUCGUCGUCCAGGCGUACCGCGCGCUCCGCGACGGCAAGGCCUUCGAGGACCCGACGGUGCUGCGCGUCGCGGCGAAGCACGGCAAGACCGCCGCCCAGGUCAUGGGCGCCUGGUGCCUCGCCAAGGGCGCGGUCUACAUGCCGAAAUCCACCAAAAAGGCGCGCAUGGUCGAGAACGCGGACGUCGUCUCGUUCCAGCUCGACGGCGACGACCUCGCCGCGCUC